CGGCCGCACCGGCGCGAAGGGGUGGAAGGAGCUUCCUUUCUUCCUUCUUUUCCCCCCUUUUCGUUGAGCCGACCGCGCCGUGUGACUGGUGAACCUACUGUCACCCGCACGUCGCCUUCUCCUCCUCUUCCUCCUCAGUCCUCCGUCGUCGUCGCCACCUCCAUCGCUACCGUCAUCGCCACCACCGUCGCCACCGCCGCCACGAAGAUCGUAGUACCGUCGCGUACCUCGAGUAGCCGAGUACCACCUCGAGCGUCCAGUAUCCCCGAACCCGCGAAUGCGGAGUACGAGUACCUGGACGUACGACCACGCCGGCCGCCUCUCGUCACGAUGCUCCUACUCGCGGUGAUCGGGCUCUUCGUCCUCGCCGGCACGACCACCGCCGAGGUCUUUACCAACACGUUCCUGGUGAGGAUGCGGCAGCCAGCGGAACGGCAGACAGCCGAUCGCGUGGCGCUGAGGAACGGCUUCGUCAAUCUUGGACCGGUACUGGGCAGUCAGACGGAAUAUCACUUCGUACAUAAAACUCUGCCGCACGUACGGAGCAAACGGUCCGUGCCGCACAUGCGAAGAUUAAAGGUCGACCCUCUGGUGGCCACGGCGAUACAGCAGCCCGGUUUCAAGAGAGUGAAGAGGGGUUACAAUGACCUGAGCGUGGACAACCUCGUGCCGCCGCACGAAAUUAAGAAUCCGGCAAACAAGGACCCGACAGAUCCUUUUUUCAAAUACCAAUGGUAUCUGAAGAACAUUGGGCAGAAUGGCGGCAAACCGAAGCUGGAUCUGAACGUCGAGGCGGCCUGGGCCCAGGGUGUCACGGGGAAGAACGUAACGACGGCUAUAAUGGAUGACGGUGUCGAUUACAUGCAUCCGGAUCUUAAAUAUAAUUACAACGCGAAAGCCUCUUACGACUUCAGCAGUAACGACCCUUAUCCGUAUCCGAGAUACACCGACGACUGGUUUAACAGCCAUGGCACGAGGUGCGCCGGGGAGGUCGCGGCGGCGCGUGACAACGGGGUGUGCGGCGUCGGGGUGGCGUACGACUCGAAGAUCGCCGGCAUCCGGAUGCUGGACCAGCCCUACAUGACCGAUCUGAUCGAGGCAAACAGCAUGGGCCACGAGCCGCAUCUCAUCGACAUUUAUAGCGCCUCCUGGGGACCCACGGACGACGGGAAGACGGUGGACGGGCCGCGCAACGCGACCAUGAGGGCCAUCGUGCGCGGCGUUAAUGAGGGCAGAAAUGGAUUAGGUAACAUCUACGUCUGGGCGUCCGGGGACGGUGGAGAGGAGGACGACUGUAACUGCGACGGAUACGCCGCGAGCAUGUGGACCAUCAGUAUCAACAGUGCCAUCAACGACGGGCAGAACGCGCAUUACGACGAGAGCUGCUCCAGCACUUUGGCUUCCACCUUUAGCAACGGUGCCAAGGACCCUAAUACGGGGGUGGCUACCACAGAUUUGUAUGGAAAAUGCACAACUACUCAUAGCGGAACAUCCGCCGCGGCACCGGAAGCUGCGGGAGUGUUUGCUCUUGCUCUCGAAGCCAACCCGCAGCUGACCUGGCGAGACAUUCAACACUUGACCGUCCUAACUUCGAAAAGAAAUUCUCUGUUCGACGCGAAGGACAGAUUUCAUUGGACCAUGAACGGCGUCGGGCUCGAGUUCAAUCAUCUUUUCGGGUACGGCGUUCUGGAUGCGGGCGCUAUGGUGGCCCUGGCCAAAAAGUGGAAGACGGUACCGCCGAGAUAUCACUGCGAGGCUGGUACCACGUUCGAAAAACAGGAAGUCACGAGCGAUCGAUCCAUUCUCGUGAAGAUUAAAACGGACGCGUGCGCCGGCACGGAGUACGCCGUCAAUUAUUUGGAGCACGUGCAAGCCGUCAUUUCCGUAAAUGCAACUCGGCGCGGUGAUCUCGAGCUGUUCCUCACGUCCCCGAUGGGCACCAGAUCUAUGAUCUUGAGUCGCAGAGUAAACGAUGACGAUCACAGGGACGGAUUCACGAAGUGGCCAUUUAUGACGACGCACACGUGGGGGGAGUAUCCUCAGGGAACUUGGCUGCUGGAGGUGAGCUUCAACACUCAAACACCACAGCACGGAUGGCUGAAGGAAUGGACGCUGAUGCUCCACGGUACCAGGGAACCACCAUACACGGGACUGUCGACGGUGGACCCUCACUCCAAGCUGGCGAUCGUUAAGAAGGCUCACGAGGAGCGGAGAUUCAGCGCGAUCUAACGAUACCGAUGACCACAGUCCACGCGAUUAUCGCCGAUCUCAGCGAAGAAAAUGGGAAUAUUCCGAUCGGAAGAUGUUUACGCGAGCGCUCCUUUACCGCUUUCCUGAUUUCGCGCCGCGCAGCAUUAGGGAAUGUACCUCGGAUUUUUUCGGAUUCGGUUGCGCGUCGAUCGCAGCAUCAUCAAUCGUCAUCAUCAAUAUCAUCGUCACCCGUGCCAAUCUAUGUCGUCAUUCGUUACUCCAGCGCGGACGUUGAAUCUUGUAUUUGCACUCGCGUUUACCGAAUCAUUCUCUCUCUCUCUCUCUCUCUCUCUCUCUCUCUCUCUCUCUCUCUUUCUCUCUCUUUCUCUCUCUCUCUCUCUCUCUCUCUCUCUCUCUCUGAUUAUGACGUCAACUAGAUAAUUACACAUAUCACAUCAUUAAUAACCAAGCUUGUAUCGUGCGUUAAGAAUAUGUAUCUUUUUUAUACAAUUUUCACGCACUCUCUCAGCUCUUUUUUUUUCUAAACGCUUUGUUACCGAGGAGCAAUUAAAUACCAUUAGCAUCUAGCAAUCUAAAUGAAAAGAUGGUUUGUACCUUUCUGGGAAAUUCUGAUUAAAAGUAUGUGAAGUUUGAUAUAAUUAGACAUUUAUUUGUUACAUUAUAUCAUUUUCGAUUCUUUGUUAUAACGAAGACAGGUGCUAGGCACCGCGCAAGAGAAAAAAUGCGAAAAAAUUAAUUCACGCGUCUCUGGACGAUGAUUAAAAAGCGCGGUCUAGAAUAUUGCAAUCUCCGUUACAAUAAAUCCGAUAUUUAUUAUAUCUAUUAUUUUUAAUUAAUGUUAUUAAUAUUAUUGUUAUUAAUGCUAAGCUUACGAGCGAGAAGUAUUAUUUUGUUGAAAUUGUGUCCGCGUUGACAGCUAUCCGAAGAGUUCUCAAGUCGACGAUCGAGAAAGUUGAACCAUUAGGGGAACAAGAUGAAAACAAGAAAGGAAAAAUUUACUAUGUAUUACUCAAAUAGCGGAAUAAAAAUUCUUCUCUUCUGGCGGAGUGAUAAACUCAAAGCAUUUUAGCGUUUAACGAUCGUUAUCGAAUCGAUAGCGCCUGCGAGAGAGUAUUUCGGGAACAAGAGUUUCGUGCAAUCAUCGUCGUCCUCGCAGCUCGAUCAUUAGUGUCCGUCUUGUGCCAAUUAAAAUCUUAACUUCUUUUUAAUGGGAAACACGAUGAUGCAGGCGAGUCGGGUUUUAACCAAAGGCAGUGAUUACUUGUGAAAUUAUCUAUUAACAACGCCGUAAACUACACGAAUGAAGAACUACUUCUUCUUCUUCUUUCUGCGUAAUUAUUUCAUUUUUAAAUUUUAAUAAAGUUGGUUUAAGAAAGAAAUUAUCCGUAUCUCUUUUCUCUCUUUUUUUUUAUUAAUAUCUGCUUAUGUGUCAAUACGUUGCCCGGAGACUAUUUAUUUGACGACGGAAUUCUGGAGCAGCGUGCACAAUAUUGAAUGUAAUUAAAAGCCUCAUUUGUGCAAUUUUAACAGAAAGGACAGGGGGACACGCGAGGACGUCCGUGAAAGACGCGAGAACAUGAAAUACGGAUGCUAAACAAUCCGCAUGUGUAGAUGAUGUACCUUAGAACCGUAGCGAACAGAGAGUUUGAUCAUUACAUAAAUUAUAUAAAUAUAAAUGCAUAUAUAAAUAAGGUAUGUGUACAUGUGUAUGUGUAUGUACGUGUAGGAUGUUCCCGGGAAAAGGGGGCGGAUUAUCCGAAUAAUUUCAAGAGAAAUAUCUCAAUACGAAAAUGUCGAAGCUGUCGUGCUUCUAAAAUGGGGAAGCGAUUGCACGACGAUCGUGGUGUACGAAUUGGCUCUCAACGCUUCAUCGUUUAAGAAGUGACAUAACUUAUCACGUAUCGAGAUCACGUAUUGAGAAUUAUUCAAAGAAUCAACUAUUACGUGAAGUGACGCGAUCGCGAUGGAACACCCUGCGUAAAUAUAUACAUAUAUCCCACAUAUAUCUUAUAUACAGAGUGAGAUACGUCUAAUUUUGCGACCUAGACGAUCUCUAUUGUUCAAGGCACUUUUCGAUAACCGCAGAGGUAAACUGAGUCACGAAGUCGAGAGUAGCCCCGCCCUGUAUAUUUUAUAUAUGUACGUCUCAUUACAUAUAUCUUGCAGUUGAAAUGGAUUUAAUCAACUUUAUUGUGUAUACGUUAUAGGUGGAUGAAUAAAAUCUGUAUUUUUUGGCUGGCA